AUGGGCCUGUCCUACAAUACCUACCUCAACAGCACCAAAAUAUAUGGUUGCAAAGCCUGCAAGGCCCAUCUGGCCAACCAUGAAGACAUCAUCAGUAGGAAGAACUUUCGAGGUCAGCACGGCAAAGCCUACCUCUUUCACAGCGUCGUCAACAUUGAAACUGGCGAGCCGAGCGAGCGAAACAUGACCACGGGGAGGCACAUUGUCUGUGACAUCACAUGCCGGCAAUGCAAGGAGACGGUUGGCUGGAAAUAUGACAAGGCGUAUGAAAAUACACAAAAGUACAAGGAGGGCAAAUUCAUCCUCGAAGCUGAGUUGCUGUGCAACGUUGCUUGA